AUGCCAAAACGAUUUCAAAUCAUCAAACAGAAUUUUCUCAAAGUGUUGACAGGAGCCAAUUCUCAACAACCACGUACAACUGAAUGUGCUACCUUUAUCAAUACUUAUAUGGGUUUUGCUAUAGCUAAACUCUAUAUUCAAAAGUAUUUUGACGAGAAUGCUCGUAAUCAAUAUAAUUUUAAUUCGUCUCUGAUGAGCAACGGUUUGAUUAUACUCCGACUAGAAAUGAAAAAAAAUGUUCAAAUGCUUCGCGAACCAGUCGAUCGUAAGAAAUGGGCUUUUGCACCGACAAUUGUCGAAGCUGCCUAUACGCCACAAUACAAUCGAAUAAGUAGAAUUUAUCUUCUCACUAUAUUUUCAUUUGAUUCUUCAUAG